AUGAAAGAUCCAAGUCGCAGCAGUACUAGCCCAAGCAUCAUCAAUGAAGAUGUGAUUAUGAACGGUCAUUCUCAUGAAGAUGACAAUCCAUUUGCAGAGUACAUGUGGAUGGAAAAUGAAGAAGAAUUCAACAGACAAAUAGAAGAGGAGCUAUGGGAAGAAGAAUUUAUUGAACGCUGUUUCCAAGAAAUGCUCGAAGAGGAAGAAGAACAUGAAUGGUUUAUUCCAGCUCGAGAUCUCCCACAAACUAUGGACCAAAUCCAAGACCAGUUUAAUGACCUUGUUAUCAGUGACGGCUCUUCUCUGGAAGAUCUUGUGGUCAAGAGCAAUCUGAAUCCAAAUGCAAAGGAGUUUGUUCCUGGGGUGAAGUACUAAAAUAUUUGAGUAGACGGGGCCCUCUUUUGGUGGAUGUAGCACAAUUUCCACACUGUGAAGGCAGUAUUAGAAGACUUAAUUGUAAAAGCUCUCUCUUGUCACUGUGUUACACUUAUGCAUUGCCAAAGUUUUUGUUAGUCUUGCAUGCUUAAUAAAAGUGCUGAGACUGUUAUUAAGUAAAAAGCUGUCAAACAUUUACUGAAAAUAGAAUUGGCCCCAUGGCUUCAUGUGAAGACAGCAAGGAAAGAAGCACCAGUCAAGUUGUGAACAAGCACCAAAUUAAAAGACCUAAACCUUACUAAAUUGUCUUUUUUUGAGGCUAAACUGUCCCUUAGUAUUAACUAACAGUUGUGUCUAAACUUUAAAAUCAGUAAAUUUAAUUUGAGUUCCAACUGUUAAGCAUAUUUCUCAGUUCAGACUUAAAUUUGAUUAUGUCCCCAUCAAAAAGAAUCUCCAUUUUCUGAAGGUCUGUUAGUUAAUUUGAGAUAAUUUGUUAUAGACAGGUAUGUCAUAUUACUGAGGCUACAAGGUAGUUAGCAGACUGAGUGCCAGUCCAGGUUUUUUUGAUAUGUUAUUGUGUUCUAAUGUUACAUCUGAGGAAGUAUAUACUUUGAGAAUUGUAACUCAUAAGGGAUUCACUGCAUUAUAGCUAUGCCUGUGUGGAGUCUAACAUAUGACCAAUACCAACCCAUCAUCCAGCUGAACAAAGAUACUGUAACAUUAUGAUUUGAGUGGUGCUUUUCCUUGCUUUGUUAACCAUCACAAGAGUCUGCAGCACAACUUUUCUUUUAACAAAGCUAGAACAGUUUUGGCUUCUUAAACUUCAUAUUUGGGUAGGUUAAGCUGCCAUACGUGUUCAGUGUGAAUAGUGUUUAAGUUGAAAAUAUUGUAAAAAAAUUAUAUUUUUUCAAAAAUAUUUAAAAAAAUAAAUAAUAGUAGAACUGA